AUGGCCCUGGCCGAAGUGGACAAAGCACCCUUCGGCUGGUACCAUGUCCGACUUGCAGUCGUGACGGGUAUUGGGUUCUUUACAGAUGCCUACAGUUUGUUCGCAAUCAACCUCGCAGUCAUUAUGCUGGGUAUAGUGUACUGGCAAGAUGAAAAACAUCGUGGCGUUAUGCCUCACAACGCCGAUACUGCGAUCAAGGUUGCAACAUCCGCCGGCGCCAUCUUCGGCCAAUGCAUCUUUGGGUACCUUGGUGACCUCUUGGGUCGGAAACGAAUGUACGGCGUCGAACUUGUGAUUAUCAUUUCAACCACCCUUGCACAGUCGCUCUGUGGAGAGUCCAGUACUCUGUCGAUUGUUGGGGUGCUGAUUUUCUAUCGUGUGGUAAUGGGGAUUGGCGUCGGUGGCGACUAUCCACUCUCAGCAGUAAUAACUGCAGAGUUCUCUAGUACCCAGCAUCGUGGAAAACUCAUUGCGGCUGUUUUCGCGACGCAAGGACUUGGCCAACUUGCUGCCGCACUGAUGACACUGAUCGUUGUGGUCGCAUACAAAGAUCACUUGGAGCCCAUAGCAUCAGUCGCUGCCUGUACUGGGAACUGUGUUACUACUGUUGACAAGAUGUGGAGGAUCAUCAUUGCCUUUGGAGGUGUUCCGGGCUGGUUCGCAUUGUAUUACCGACUGACGAUACCGGAAACACCUCGGUAUACCUUCGAUGUGCUUUACGAUGUUGAGAAAGCGAGCGUGGACGCGAGGAAAUAUCGAUAUGGAAAACAGGACAAUAUCCUCAAUCCUGUCGCGCAAGUUCAGACGAGACGUGAGAUGAAUGGGUACCGGAAGCCACCAGUCACACUGAUGGAAGUGUUCCGUUUCUACUCGCAGAAGAGACAGGCGAUUCGAUUGUUUGGGUGUGCAAUGUCAUGGUUCUUUCUCGAUCUCGCCUUUUACGGUCUAGGCUUUUCGUCUGCCUCCCUCCUCAGCACCAUGGGCUUCGACAAACGCGACAAUCUAUACCUGAACCUGCGCAACACAGCGACCGGCCAGAUCGUGCUCAUCUGCGCCGGCGCGCUCCCAGGCUACUGGCUCACCGUCCUGACCGUCGACAAACUCGGCCGCAAACCCAUACAAAUCGGCGGCUUCGCGAUCCUGACCAUAAUCUUCUGCGUCCUAGGUUUCGCCUGGCAGGUCCUGUCCAAAACCCACCUCCUCAUCCUCUACGUCCUGGCCCAGUUCUUCUUCAAUUUCGGACCCAACGCAACGACCUUCAUCACCCCGGCGGAAAUCUUCCCAACAAGAGUGAGGUGCACAGGCCACGGUUUCAGUGCCGCUAUGGGCAAGCUGGGAGCGGUGUUUGCGCAGAUCUUCUUUGCGCCCAUGAUCAAGCGCGGUGCUACGCACGAGAAUCCCACGCCGUGGAUCCACGGCGUGAUGCAGAUCUUUGCGUUGUUCAUGUUCCUGGGCAUGUUGACGAGUUUGUUGGUUCCGGAGAGUAAGAGGGCGAGCUUGGAGUCGUUGGCUGGUGAGAAGGCGGAUGUGUAUGAGGUGCAGGCUAGUGCUUGGAGGAGCAGGACUGGCCGCAGUGAGGAUGUGGAAGCGCCGUCAGCGGUGAGGGCCAGUGAGAGUGUCGUCAGUGGACGAAGUAACGAAGGAGCACUGGGAGAGGGAGAGGGCAAAGGGAAGUGGUGGAGACUUAAGGAGAGGGAGGUUCAGUAG